AUGAUGUUCAGCUCUCGUUCGUUCUUGACUUGCGUCCUGUCAGCUUUCUUCGUCAUUUCAAUGUUUACCACAUACAAUAGAAUCUACCAAGAAAAGCUUGCGUUGCGAAUAGUGGAGUCAAUGGAAAGGAGAAAAGAUGCUUGCGCCCCGAACAGUCUUGUUGAUCAGACACUUGAAUACUUUUUCAGUUUUAUUUCAUUCCAAAGGAAGUCUUCGUGUCUUUCUUUUAUUGAGUCGCAAACAGUAUCUAUUAUCUCUGAUAUAUCCUUAUUGGACGUGUUUUCGGAUGUCCUCUCCAACUCUAUAUUCGGAGUUCUCGGUCAUCUUGGCAGACACACAAAUCGGUUCUUUCGAGAAUUUUACGCCAAUGUUCCAAUACCAGCUAUGUUGCUGAUGACGAUCACUCUUGUAAGUACUGACUGCAUAUUCGCAACUGUUCGUAUAAAAACACCUUUCUUCACAUGGGAACCAAUGUGUAAGUUGCUGGUAAAGCGGUGA